CUUCAAAACCUCAAUGGAUCACCUCCAUUAGAGAAGCUUCAGUUAAACCCCAGACAGUUGAAGAAGAAGAAGAAAGACAUAAAGAAGAAAAAUAUGAAGAUAGAAGAGGUGCAAUCAACAAUCAAGAAUCAGAGAAUUGCAACUCAUACUCACAUUAAAGGCCUUGGUCUUGAGCCCAAUGGGACACCACUACCAUUGGCAGCUGGGUUUGUAGGUCAGGCUGCAGCCAGAGAAGCUGCAGGGCUUGUGGUUGAUAUGAUACGCCAAAAGAAGAUGGCUGGUCGGGCUUUACUGCUAGCUGGUCCGCCUGGCACAGGGAAGACAGCUCUUGCCCUUGGUAUAUCACAAGAACUUGGAAGCAAGGUUCCAUUUUGCCCGAUGGUUGGAUCCGAAGUGUUUUCAUCAGAAGUGAAGAAAACUGAGGUUUUAAUGGAAAAUUUCCGACGAGCUAUUGGUCUCCGUAUCAAGGAAAAUAAGGAAGUUUAUGAAGGAGAGGUGACUGAACUAUCUCCAGAAGAGGGUGAGAGUGUGACAGGUGGAUAUGGUAAAAGCAUUAGUCAUGUUAUAAUUGGGUUAAAAACUGUCAAAGGUACCAAACAGUUGAAGCUUGACUCCACAAUAUAUGAUGCCUUAAUUAAAGAGAAGGUAGCUGUUGGUGAUGUCAUUUACAUUGAAUCGAACAGUGGAGCAGUUAAAAGAGUGGGCAGGAGUGAUGCUUUUGCUACAGAAUUUGAUCUUGAGGCUGAGGAGUAUGUUCCACUUCCUAAAGGAGAGGUUCACAAGAAGAAGGAAAUAGUCCAGGAUGUUACAUUGCAUGAUCUUGAUGCUGCAAAUGCACGGCCACAAGGAGGACAAGAUAUAUUGUCCCUUAUGGGUCAAAUGAUGAAACCUAGAAAAACCGAGAUUACUGACAAGUUGCGGCAAGAGAUAAACAAGGUUGUCAAUCGUUAUGUUGACGAAGGUGUUGCAGAACUUGUUCCUGGUGUCUUAUUUAUUGAUGAGGUUCAUAUGCUUGAUAUGGAAUGCUUUUCAUACUUGAAUCGUGCCUUGGAAUGUUCACUGUCUCCAAUUGUGAUUUUUGCCACUAACAGAGGCAUUUGUACUGUCAGAGGAACAGACAUGACUAGUCCACAUGGCAUUCCACUUGACUUGUUAGAUCGGUUGUUGAUUGUCAGAACGGAAACUUAUGGUCCAGCUGAAAUGAUACAGAUAUUAGCUAUACGUGCUCAGGUGGAGGGACUAGAAAUAGAUGAAGAGAGCCUUGCGUAUUUGGGAGAGAUUGGACAACAAGCUUCUUUAAGGCAUGCUGUUCACCUGCUAUCGCCAGCUAGUGUAGUCGCCAAAAUGAAUGGUCGUGAUAAAAUCUGCAAGGUGGAUCUCGACGAAGUGACUUCAUUGUACCUAGAUGCAAAGUCUUCUGCAAGACUUCUUCAGGAGCAGCAGGAUAGAUACAUCUCAUGAUAAAUUGUGUACUAUGGUAUCAAUUCUCAAGCUUAUUUUUUUAUAGGUGUUCAUACCCAAAUUGCAUUUUGCAAGUCAAUUUGUUUCAUUUAAGAUUUUGCUGUUUCAUGAGAUUGCAAUAUAACUAGGCUUCUGGAAUAGGAGAGGCUCUCUUCUAUAUUUAUAUCUUCCCUCCUAUUGUAUCGUCCUAGUAGAUCGCUCCCGCUUGACUCUACUUGAAUAGAGGAGAGACAUAAGUUCUACAAACGUGUAUGUAAGUUAAGCAUGACAAUUGGUUCCUUGCUUCAAGAUUAGAUUGAAGGCAUUUUGCCAGCAAUGUUUGAACAAGACUCAAGGCAAUAGGCUCACCUUUCGGUUCAUUGCAUGGAAAUGACAAAAAGAGAAAAGGAAGCUUUCAGUGGACACAAGCCCUCAAGACUUUGGGAAGUUUGCCCUAGGGUAGUCCUUCCUUUGGAGUUGCUUUUUUCAUUUUUCAAAGUGGAAUUCCUAGCUCUCAUCUAUGACAUGUGUCAAACUCCACUUUUGUUGUUAUCAAGUGGAAUGAUUCAUUCAACCUCGGUAUUAGUUACCAAGACGUCAGAGUGUCAAAUGUGAAUUCUGAUACUCUUAGCUGUAAAUGCAUGUAUGAUGUAGCAUUCUUGCA